AUGGUUGAAUGUUGUAAAAAUUUAAAGCACUUGGACAUCUUGAGUGAUCGAGUGUCAGAAAGUGCUUUAAUUAAAUUGACAGAGUUGGAAAAUCUUGAAUAUUUGAUGUUGCCUCGAGUGGAAGAAAUCAGUAGUAAUACAAUAAUGGCAAUAUCGAAAAAUUGUAAAAAACUCAAAAAUCUGCAUAUGCCAAAUUGUAUUGAUAAUGAAAAUGAUGAUGAUGAUGAUGAACCAGUUGUGCCAAUGGUUAUUUUCAAUGAGAUAUCAAAUUUGCAGCUGCUGCUGCUGGUAAGUUUGAACUUGUCAGGUAUGGAUGACCUUCCGGAAAGCAGUAUUAUUGCCAUUACCAAUAAAUGUAAAAAUAUGACAUAUUUGGAUCUAAGUUUUUGUGGAAAUUUAACUGAAGCAGCAUUGAUGUCUAUAACUAACUUGGAAAAAUUAAAAACACUAAAUAUUACUGGUGUUGAAGAUGUCAAAGAUGAAUUUAUUAUGAAGUUGAAAGGAAUAAAUUUUUUUGCUUGUUGUGGUUGUGAUAAAGUCACUGAUGCUGGUCUCAUUCAACUUAUAAAUAAUUGUCCAGAUCUUGAGCAUCUUUAUAUCUACUCAAUUAAUCUAACAAUUGAUACAAUUAUUGCUGCUGAUAAGGCAACCAAAGAUCGUGUAAAUAAUAUCAUUUUAUCUAUAUACUUUUUAAAUGAGGAUGUUAAAAAAGCAUCCAAGUCAAUAAUUAAAUCAAAUAAUUGGUUAAGUCUUACAAGCUGA